AUGGGGGGGCGCAAGAGUUGGGGGGGCGCCGGAGGUGGGGGGGCGCCGGAGGUGGGGGGGCGCCGGAGGUGGGGGGCGCCGGAGGUGGGGGGGGGCGCCGGAGGUGGGGGGGGCGCCGGAGGUGGGGGGGCGCCGGAGGUGCGGGGGCGCCGGAGGUGCGGGGGCGCCGGAGGUGCGGGGGCGCCGGAGGUGGGGGGGCGCCGGAGAGUUGUGGACCCCCUGGGAGGGGGGCGGCGCGAGACGGAGAACGGGGCGGCGCGAGAGGGAGAACGGGGCGGCGCGAGAGGGAGAACGGGGCGGCGCGAGAGGGAGAACGGGGCGGCGCGAGAGGGAGAACGGGGCGGCGCGAGAGGGAGAACGGGGCGGCGCGAGAGGGAGAACGGGGCGGCGCGAGAGGGAGAACGGGGCGGCGCGAGAGGGAGAACGGGGCGGCGCGAGAGGGAGAACGGGGCGGCGCGAGAGGGAGAACGGGGCGGCGCGAGAGGGAGAACGGGGCGGCGCGAGAGGGAGAACGGGGCGGCGCGAGAGGGAGAACGGGGCGGCGCGAGAGGGAGAACGGGGCGGCGCGAGAGGGAGAACGGGGCGGCGCGAGAGGGAGAACGGGGCGGCGCGAGAGGGAGAACGGGGCGGCGCGAGAGGGAGAACGGGGCGGCGCGAGAGGGAGAACGGGGCGGCGCGAGAGGGAGAACGGGGCGGCGCGAGAGGGAGAACGGGGCGGCGCGAGAGGGAGAACGGGGCGGCGCGAGAGGGAGAACGGGGCGGCGCGAGAGGGAGAACGGGGCGGCGCGAGAGGGAGAACGGGGCGGCGCGAGAGGGAGAACGGGGCGGCGCGAGAGGGAGAACGGGGCGGCGCGAGAGGGGGAACGGGGCGGCGCGAGAGGGAGAACGGGGCGGCGCGAGAGGGAGAACGGGGCGGCGCGAGAGGGAGAACGGGGCGGCGCGAGAGGGAGAACGGGGCGGCGCGAGAGGGAGAACGGGGCGGCGCGAGAGGGAGAACGGGGCGGCGCGAGAGGGAGAACGGGGCGGCGCGAGAGGGAGAACGGGGCGGCGCGAGAGGGAGAACGGGGCGGCGCGAGAGGGAGAACGGGGCGGCGCGAGAGGGAGAACGGGGCGGCGCGAGAGGGAGAACGGGGUGGCGCGAGAGGGAGAACGGGGCGGCGCGAGACGGAGAGAGUCAACUAA